AUGCAUCGACACAGACCUGGAUCGUUGCAUCAGUCGAACAAGCCGUUCAAGUCUCGGCACGCUAGUAAAGGCACCUUGAAAGAGAUCUCCAAGGGCAAAGUGAACCGAGUCUCCGUCAAGCAACCCGGAAGCAAGAAUCUGUCCAAAGUCGAUCGUCGCUAUGCCGCCAAAGUUUUGCAACAAAAGAAGCGAGAGGAAAUCACUCGAGUGAACCGCAUCUUUGAAGGAAGACAUGGCGCUCCCAAAAUCGUUCCUGUGCUUCCUCUUUGUCCUGACAGCGAUGUCGAGGACGCUAUUGCCGCACUUUACAAGACCCUCGGAGUCGAACCUCCCGUCAAGGGCCAAGCUUCGGUCCUCAAUGUCGAGCGAUUCAAACAGAAACUUCAGCUUGUUCCUCUUCGUCGCAAUUUCAUCGAUGUCAUGGAUGCAUUCAAAGUAGCCGAUUUCGCCAUUAUUCUCAUGUCCGCUGAAGUCGAGGUCGAUCAGUUCGGUAUCAACUGUUUAUUGGGCGUCUUGAACCAAGGUCUUGUCAAAGUCAUUCCCGUUGUCCAGCACUUGAACAGUGUGUCUCCCAAACUUGCUCCUUCCGUCAAGAAAUCCCUCGUCUCCUUCACACAGCAAUUCUUUCCCGAGGAAGAACAUCUUUACUCUCUUGAUAAUGACAACGAGGCAUUGAAUGUACUUCGUCACAUCACUUCUCAGCGACCUAAACCUCUCGCCUGGCGUGAUCUGCAUCCUUAUAUGCUGGCCGAUAACGUAGAAUACGAACCUGACAAUGAGGAAACCGGUACUCUCAAAGUGACUGGAUUUGCUCGUGGCAAUCCUUUCAACGCCAAUCGCUUGGUCCACUUGCAGAACUUUGGUGAUUUCCAAUUGCAGCAGAUUACAACAUCGCCGUUGCAAGCGAGAGCCGGUGAUAUGCAAGAAGACGCCGAGAUUGUGGAUACCCCUAAUCCUGCAGAACAGGACGAUUUAGUAGCUGAAAAUGAACCUGAUUUUAUGGAAAAUGAACAGACAUGGCCUACCGAGGAAGAGUUGGCCGAAGCCGAAGAACGCGUUCGUCAGAUGCGUAGCCAAGAGGGAAAACAGACCAAGCGUGUACCCAAAGGUACUUCAGCCUACCAAGCGGCUUGGAUUGUUGAUGAAGAGGAUGAGGAAUACAGCGAAUACGAAGAUGACGACGAGGAAGAGAUGGUCGAUGCUGAUAUCGGUACGAUGGAUGAUGGAGACGAUGUGGAGCCUGCCGAAGGCAUGAGUUCCUUCCCCGAUGACGAUGAAUACGAAGAGAUCGAAAUGGAAGGCAAGAAUAAUGACGAUGAUGAAUUCGAUGCUGAGGAAGAAGCACGACAAUAUGAAGAAUACCUCAAGAGUCGACAGAAGGAAUUCGAAAAUCACAAGGAAUUUCCUGAUGAAAUUGAUACACCCAUGCACAUUGCUGCCAGAGAACGAUUUGCACGUUAUCGAGGAUUGCAGUCUUUCCGAACCUCACCGUGGGAUCCUUACGAGAAUUUGCCUAUCGAUUAUGCUCGCAUUUUCCAGUUCGAAAAUUACCUCCGCACCAAGAGCCGAGUCGUCAGUCAGGCCAUUGUAGGUAAUGUAAAGCCUGGUAACCGUAUCACGUUGUGGAUCAAGAAUGUGCCCAAGGGCGCUUACGAAAUGUAUGAUGUGGAACGACCUUACAUCGUUUUUGGUCUGCUCCAAUACGAGCACAAGAUGUCCUUGCUCAAUUUCCAGAUCACUCGCGAUAACGCGUACGAAGAGCCUGUGAGAUCAAAGGAUCCCAUGGUAUUGCAUGUAGGCUUCCGACGGUACGCUGUGCGACCGAUCUAUUCCCAGAAUACGAACAAGAGCACAAACAAUGUGCAUAAGUUUGAACGAUUCUUGCGAAUGGGUCGUUCCAGCAUAGCCACCGUGUACGGUCCUGUGGUGUUUGGUAAAGUACCAUGCAUGUUUUACAAGGAAACCGAUGACAUCAACGAGCCCAUUCUCGUCUCCACCGGCACUUUUGUCAAUACCAAUGUAAAACGCAUCGUUGCCAAACGUAUUAUUCUCAGUGGCCAUCCUUUCCGAGUGCACAAACGAUCGGCUGUUGUGCGUUACAUGUUCUUCAACCCGGAUGAUGUUCAUUGGUUCAAGCCGGUACAGCUGGUCACCAAAUAUGGUCGUGUGGGUCACAUUCGAGAGUCUCUUGGUACACACGGUUACAUGAAGUGUAUAUUUGACGGAGCAUUAACGCAGCAAGAUACCGUCAUGAUGUAUCUGUACAAACGCAUGUAUCCCAAAUGGAACACUGAACUCUGGCGGGGUGGUUUAGACAAGUCCACCAAAGCCAUCACCUAUGUCAAACCGGAAGCCAUGGACAUGGAAUAA